CAGCGCCUCACAGCGGCGGCGGCGCGGCAUCCUCCUCUGCCCUCUUCCCUGCGCCGCUUGCAACACCAAAACCCUAAACACUACCACCCCCGUCUCCUCUCCCCUAUCCCUGGCCCCCGCCUCCACCACCACAGCCACCUUUCCCGGCGAGAGAGGGCCGGGAUGGCGGACACUGUGCAGUACCGCCUGGAGCGGAUGACCGACGAGCUCGACGACCUCGAGCGCCGGGGCCUCUUCACCCGCGCCGAGCUCGCCGACGUCGUCCGCCGCCGCCGCGACUUCGAGUUCCGCCUCCGCCGUCACUCACCGCUCCGCGCCGACUUCCUCGACUACAUCGCAUACGAGCUCCGCCUCGACGCGCUGCGCAACCUGCGCAAGCGCGCAAUCAUACGCGCCGCCACAUCCGAAGACGACGACGAGCAAGACGACGGCGACAAGGGCGGGAAAAAGAGGAAAAACAAGAAAUCGAACAAGUGGAAGAAGUCCAUCUCCGACGUCGCGGGGGUCCUCCGCGUGCUCGACAUCUACCGGAUGGCCACCGUCAGGUUCAAGGGGGACCUCGACCUCUGGUUCCGGUACCUCGAGUUCUGCCGCGACAAGCGCCACGGCAGGAUGAAGCAGGUUCUGGCGCAAGCUAUUCGCUACCAUCCCAAGGUUCCCGGCCUUUGGAUCUAUGCAGCAGCAUGGGAAUUUGAUCAGAACCUGAAUGUUGCUGCAGCACGUGCACUUAUGCAGAGUGGUCUCAGAUCUUGUCCAGAAUCAGAGGAUAUGUGGAUUGAGUAUCUUCGCAUGGAGCUUACCUAUCUUAACAAGCUUAAGGCACGAAAGGUAGCUCUUGGGGAGGAUGUGAAGACGCUGCAAAACAACGAUAAUGAUGCAGAUCAGUGGAAAGAGGAAAACAAAGAACUGUUCAUGUCACUUAAUGAACAAGGUGAAGGCCCUGAGGAGUCUGGCUCAGCUGGAGUUGCUCUGGAGGAGAAGGAAGACCUGUUUUGGCAGCAAGGAUUAUUAAUCAUUCAGACCAUAUAUCAUGGUGCGCUGGAAGCUCUUCCAUCAAGCUUAACCUUAAGGAAGAAAUUCUUGGAGAUAUUAAACAGUGUUGACUUGGCGCAUUCUGAUGAGUUGAAGCUAGAGGUCAUGGAUGACUUGAAGAAAGAUUUCUCUCAUAGUGAGGACUACUGGGAUUGGUUUGCUAGGCUUCAGCUUAGUGGAUUAACUAAUCCCAGUAAUUCAAAUAGAAAGGAUCCUUUAAUGAAUAAGUUGAACAAAUCAAUUCAGGUGUAUGAUGAAGCUGUCAGAAGGCUGCCAACUUCCAAAAUGUACUCCCUGUAUGCAAAGUUUUGGAUGGAUGUUCUAUACCCCGAUAGAGAAGAGUCCAUUGCAUUAUUCCAGGAUGCUGAAUUUGAUGCUUCAGAGUUCACUUCAUCUAUACUAAAAGUAUAUGAAAAUGCUGAAUCGUGUGGGUGUCUUACUGAGGAUCUUGCUUGCCAAUAUGUAUCUCUUUGCUUGAAACUUGAAAGAUUGGAGGAAGCUAAGAAUCUUGCAGAAAAGCUUUGCAAUGGUCCUCUUUCAAAUGCUGCAAAUUUGUGGAGCCUGAGAGCUUCUAUGGAGAUAAAUUCGUUGGCUACUGCCACUGGCAGCUCUUCAUUCAGCAAGGAGAACUUGAGCUCUCUAUUUGAUCUAUUUAAUACUGUACUUUCGAAGGUACCCAUAACUGAGGCUGAGGGAUUGUGGCAUAUGGCCAUGAAAUUGUUUUCUCAUGAGAAGAUCUAUUUAGAGAAGCUGGUGAGGUGUGCAAUGCUAUCAUUAAGUUCGGCUGGUGGGGGUGAUUGUGGCGCUUCGGUUUCUUCUGCUAUCAUCGGAUGGUAUUUGCAAAGAGAUGGUAUGAAGCAAGCUAGGAAGAUGUAUAAGAGGUUUCUGGCUUUACCCCGUCCGAGCCUCAAGUUCUUCCAGUACUGCAUAGAGCUGGAAGCUAACCUUGCAUCGAUGGGAGACCAUGACGCCCGUGCAAAUGCUCGAAAGCUUUAUGAUUCAGCAAUCGACUUCUAUCCCCAGGAAAGAGAACUAUGGAGAAACUACUACAACUUGGAAUUGAAGGUGGGAACUUCCGAAACUGUGAACGCUGUAUACUGGCGUGCUCGUAAGGUGCUCGAUGACUCCACUGCCCUGGCCACUCCCGGGAACUAGCAGUGUGCGACCUCUGUAGCAUGUAAUAUCAUUUUUUAUUGGAUUCAAUUUUUUACAAGCAUAUCUAAGUCAACAAGUUGAUGCAGCAAAAUUUUGGUUUCUUUUUGUUUGUUCGCUUUGGAUUCCAUUAGCAAGUCUUGGGGGCAAAUAGCCCGAACUGAUAAUGUUUGUGCGACUGCCUGCCUCCCUAGGCUCCUAGGGGAUAAUGAUGGACCAAAUUGUUUGAUU